GUGGCCUCUGUUACCACACUUUUUGAAAAAACCCGCGUCUUCUACAAACUGGGGAAGUUCAACCAUGGAGCCGCGAAGCGCUCCCGACGCCAGUUCCCGCAGCCUCCUGCGCCGGCGGCAGGGCAGGGCCGGGCCGGGCCGCUGAGCCAGUAGCAUCGCAGCGGGCUGGCCCCCUUCCCCGACACCACACCCUCAGGCCGCGGGGGCCGUGCGGCGGCCCCCGGGGGAGGAGGCGGCGGCCCGCCCGGCCCCGUCAUCGCCACCCCCGUGGUUGGGCAAGAGCGGAGCAUCCCCGGCGCUCCCGACGGGGCGUCUUCCUUCGCACGACGGGCCGCGCUCGACCACAAGCCUGCCGGACAGCCGCGCCGACACGCGCAAGCCCCGACGGCCAGCAGGCGCAGAGCCCACCCGGCGGUCGCGCACCCUUGCUGGGCAGCAGCAACAAGCACCACCGGAGCCGGCCCCUCGACGGUCCAAGCCCGCCAGCCAGCCAGCCAUGCUGCUCGCGUCGCUCCUUCUGCUCCUCCUGGCCGGGGCCGAGACGGCCGGGGCCGACCCGCGGGACGCCAGCCUGGAGCUGGAGCGGCUGCUGGCGUCGGGCGAAGGCGCUCUGCCGCGGAGCACCGUCGAAGCCCUGUUAAAUAUCGCCGCGGCUCGUGUGCAGUGCCCGGCCGGGCCGUGUGGAAAGUGCAUCUCUGCUGCAGAUAUUUUUGCACUCCUGGGGAAGAAACCACCUGCCGAUAAUGCCAAUCUCACGUCCUCAGAGAUGCUGCCCUUCUCUGCCGGCCUGGUGGUCUACUUCAGUGAUCCUGUGGGGGCCUGCCAGGAGGUGGCGGAGGGCCACUGGGUGGCUGAGGUCCAGGCUUUCCAGACCAGAUUCUUAGACAGCAACCCCGCUGGAGGACCAACGAAAGAGAAAGUGGCUGAGUUGAUGGGAACCAUCCAGAAAAAUGUCGUGAGCCAGACGUCCUGCGCAGGGGUGGCCCAGAUCGUUAAGAACAGUACAGCCAUCUCCCGCCGAGUGGCAUCUGAUCCAGCGGGGCAAGUCUUAGUAACCAUAGCCUACCAUGUGCUGAAGGGCGGCUGCUUCCAUGCUCUCCCUUCAGAGCGCUACUUUCUGGACUACAUCUAUUGGCGGUACGGCAACGAGACCCAAAACCUGACACUGGCAGACUUGACCAAAAUGAUGAGGCAGUUGGCUGUAGGGCCUGAGGCAUCCCAUGCGGACCAUGACCACAGCGAUUCGGAACACGACGGCCAUGCGCACGACGGCCAUGCGCACGACCACCCUGACGAGGGGGCGACACACAGUCAUCAGGACGGGCAUGAUCAUAGCGACCACGAGGACCAUCACCACGGCAACGAAACGGACCAUCACCACGGCAACGAAACGGACCAUCACCACGACCAUGAAACGGACCAUCACCAUGGCAACGAAACGGAUCACCACCAUGCUAAUGAAACAGUCCGUCACAGGCGAAGCAUGCCUAGUCCAGAAGCGCAGGAUGUCCACUAUCAAAUCUGGGACACGGUCUGCCUCAGCUCCAGCGACCUCUUUGAGAUCUACGGCAUUGAGGAUGGCGCAGGAGUAUCCCGCACGGAUUUCACUCGCCUGAGCCCAGCUCUGGUUCAGCAGCAGCUCAGCAAGGCCUGCUCUGCCUCUCGGGCUGCCUCUCCCGGUGGGCGCCUCUCUGAUGCAGAGCGGUACCUGUACGGCUCGCUGGCCACUCUGGUGAUCUGCUUGUGUGCCCUCUUUGGCAUCGUGGUCCUCCUGUGCACGGCUUGCAUCAGCACCUACCAGUAUGUGAUCCAGACUUUUGUCAGCUUGGCUGUGGGCUCGCUCACCGGAGACGCCAUGCUGCAUCUGAUCCCCACGUUCCUGGGCCUCCAUUCCCACGGCGAAGGCCACGCGCAUGAGCCCCACGGAGCCGAGGAUCAGAACAUGCUCUGGAAACUCCUGGCCGUGCUCGGCGGGUUCUACCUUUUUUUCCUCCUGGAGAAGUUCUUCAUCCUUGUGGGACACUCGGACUGUGAGGAGGAAUCCGAUUCUCACAAGGGACACCAGUGUGACCAUGGCAUGUCCCUGCAGCUGUACCAAGACGAGAUGAAGAGGAGGAAGCAAGAGAAAGGAGCUUCUCAUGCGGACCUGGUGGCUGCGGAGGAGGCCGAUUUCAACCCGAAGCGGAAGAAGGAGCGCACUCGGGAGAUGCGUAUGCUGCCGUACAUGAUCACCAUUGGGGACGGCAUCCACAACUUUGCUGACGGGCUGGCCAUCGGGGCUGCAUUCUCUUCCUCAUGGAAGACCGGACUGGGCACCUCGCUGGCAGUCUUGUGCCACGAAUUGCCACAUGAGCUAGGGGAUUUUGCUGCUCUGUUGCACGCAGGGCUGAGCGUCAAGCGGGCCCUGCUGCUGAAUUUCCUCAGUGCCCUGACAGCCUUCCUCGGCCUCUACAUUGCACUCUCCGUGUCCACCGGAGAGGAGUUCGAGGCCUGGAUCUUCACUGUAGCCACCGGCCUCUUCCUCUACGUGGCAUUGUGUGACAUGCUCCCGGCCUUAAUGAACGUGAAGGACAAGCGCCCUUGGCUGCUCUUUGCGCUGCAAAACCUCGGACUGUUGGCAGGAUGGGGCAUCCUGCUGCUACUCUCGCUGUUUGAGGAGAAUAUUACGCUGUGAUCACGCAAUGCCAAAAUGACGUUAGCCCCUCUUGCUGGUUCAGGAGGAAAGGCCUUUUGUGACCCCUUGUGGGAAUAAGUGGUUUGGGAGGGGCUUCACGAGAACAAGGGAGGUGCAGUAUUGGGAAGGGCAGAUGGAAGUUCUGCAGGCACGACAUACAGACUUCUGGAUCGGACACUGCGCACAAGUCAGGUGUACGCAACGAAGCAUGCAUGUGGUACACCCUUCAACAAAUGCACAAGUUGCCCCCUGCUAUUUAUUGUAUUUAUUUUGGCCCUUCCCAGACUUGCCUCUUGCUCAACCCCACUUUCAGGGACCCCAGCCCACAGAAACUGCUCAGAUGCACUUGACAGAAGCCCCCCAUUUCAAUCCUCAAAUGCUGGUUAUUUCGGUUCCUGCUCAUUGGCAGUGGCUAGGAACCCAUCAAGGUGUCGGUGAUUUCUGGAUGGGAGCAGCUCCUUCUCCCUCUUCCUGCUGCCCUACCGAGAGAAUCAUGCCAAGCAAACUACUUUUGCCUACCUCAGAGAUCCCCGCUGCAGCCUUCCUGUGCUCACGGGACCCCCACACACUCUCCUUAGGUGAGGGAAAGUAAGAUUGAGGACUGAUCUGCGGACACAGAGGAUAAAAUUGGAGAUUUAGCUGAUAGGAGGAGAUGUCAUGUUAAAAAGAGAGGCUUGCCAGAGCAUGGGGAAGGAGACGUUCUGGGUAUUGCCAGGUUGUCAGUAACUGAUAAUGCUGGCAGCUUAAGACUCCAGGUGUGCUGGCUUUCCACUUUACUCCGUUACAUUUGAGGAAUCCUGCUCGUCCUGUUUUCUGGAGGGUGGGAACAGCCUCCCAUCCCACUUCCAAGGAAGCCAGCACAAUAAGUUACUUUUGUACACUGAGAGAUCUUUCUUCAUCUCAGAUCUACCUGGAGCCCUGUCCGUAAAAUCACCCUGUAUCGCAGGUCUGGAUAUGGACUUCAGUAGUACACACUGUACAUGCUCUGAGGCACUCUGGUUCUACAACUGGGGCAUGGAAAACAGAUUCUGAGCCUUUGAGCCCAAGGAAGCCCCAACGAAGUACACCCUUCACCCCCCACUCAGUGCUUGUUGGCAUUCAGGGGUUUUUCUGGUUGCUUCCUGUCUGCACCCAGGUUCACAUUUUCCGAAAAGCAUUAUCUGCUGUCUAGCUGCAGGGGGUCUCCAUCCACCUAUCUUCCCUGCAUCAGUUGCUGUCACAAGCAGACAGUUGGUAGACUAAUGGGCAGUCCUCCAGUAUCUCUCUUGAGGGAGCCUUGUGUAUUAGGCGUCUGAUCUGAGAUAAAUAAAAUCUAGAUUUUAAACACUU